CGCGCGGGCGCGCCAGCCUGGCCUGCCCCUCCGAGGAGCCGUAGCGCGGGAGGCAGGCGGCAGCGCAGUGGUCCGUCGGUCCGCCGGUCCGUGGGUCUGCCCGGCCCCGCCCUGCCUCCCGGGGCGGCUCGGCUCCAUGGCCCGCGGCGGCGGCGGGAGGUGGCCCGGGGGCCGCGGAGACCGCUGACCGGGCGGUGGGGCCGGGCCAUGGGGGACGGAGCCGUCCGCAGCUGCCGGAGCCGGUAUCCCUACCCGAGCUGGAGCGGCGCCCCCUGCUGAGCCCCGAGCGCUGGGCUGGCAGCCAGAUGCUUGGGCCCACUGGGCAGGCCAUUGGCCACCUGCGGGAUGAGCAGACUGCUGGGGGGGACGCUGGAGCGGGUCUGCAAGGCUGUGCUCCUUCUCUGCCUGCUGCACUUCCUUGUGGCUGUCAUCCUCUACUUUGACGUCUACGCCCAGCACCUGGCCUUUUUCAGCCGCUUCAGUACCCGAAGCCCAGCCCAUGCCCUCUACCCUGCAGCCAGCAGCAGCACCAACUGCUCUCGGCCCAAUGCCACUGCCGCUAGUUCUGGGCUUCCUGAAGUGCCCAGUGCCCGACCUGGUCCCACAGCUCCUGUCAUUCCACCCUGUCCUGACGUGCCACCUGGUCUUGUGGGCCGAGUGGUCAUCGAGUUCACCUCACCCAUGCCUCUGGAGCGGGUGCAGAGGGAGAACCCAGGCGUGCUCCUGGGAGGCCGCUAUACACCACCUGACUGCACCCCAGCCCAAACGGUGGCAGUCAUCAUCCCCUUUAGACACCGGGAGCACCACCUACGCUAUUGGCUCCACUAUCUGCACCCCAUGUUGAGGCGGCAGCGGCUCCGCUACGGUAUCUAUGUCAUCAACCAGCAUGGUGAAGAGACCUUCAACCGGGCCAAGCUGCUCAACGUAGGCUUCCUAGAGGCACUGAAGGAGGAUGCUACCUAUGACUGCUUCAUCUUCAGUGAUGUGGACCUGGUCCCUAUGGAUGACCGCAAUCUGUACCGUUGUGGUGACCAGCCCCGCCACUUUGCCAUUGCCAUGGACAAAUUUGGCUUCCGGCUGCCCUAUGCUAGCUACUUUGGAGGUGUGUCGGGCCUGAGUAAGGCCCAGUUUCUGAGGAUCAAUGGCUUUCCCAACGAGUACUGGGGCUGGGGCGGUGAGGAUGACGACAUCUUCAACCGGAUCUCCCUGACUGGGAUGAAGAUCUCACGCCCAGAUGUCCGGAUAGGCCGCUAUCGCAUGAUCAAGCACGACCGGGACAAACAUAACGAGCCCAACCCUCAGAGGUUUAGUAAGAUUCAGAACACAAAGAUGAGCAUGAAGUGGGACGGCAUUGGAUCAGUGCGGUACCGCGUCUUGGAAGUGUCUCGGCAACCACUCUUCACCAACAUCACAGUGGACAUUGGGCGACCCAUGUCAUGGCUCAAUCAAGGCUGACUAAUGGACAAAGGCCCUCCAUGCCCUUCUGAUGUGGAGGGUCACCUGCCAGAGGACUGACCUACAGCCUGGCUGACAGCAGCUCUGGGGGCGUCCCCAAGACUGAGACUGAGAGCUGUUUUCUGAGGGUCUUAAUAGACAGCCAGCUGGACCUCGAAGUUUCAGAACCCACUUUGAGGGGCUUCUGGACAAGCCCCUCUUCUGGCCCUCUCUGAGGUCAAUCCUUCCUGCCCUACUUGCCCCACCCCCAGCCUCCUCACUGUUAGGGUUGGGCCAGCCCCUGCACUGCCUCGCGGAGUGGCCUGGGCUAGGUCACUCCACCUCUCCGUGCCUCAGUUUCCCACUCCCUUGAGUCCCCUAGGGCCUAGAAAGGUGGGAGGUUUGACUAGGGGGCAGUGUCUCUUCCUGGGGGAAUUCUCAGAUCUAGAGAUCCCUCAUGCUUCCGGGGGAGAGGAAACCUUUUUCAUUGAACAUUGUAGGGGGCAAGCUUUGGUAAGCCACCUACUGAGGAGUGCCCCCAGGAGGGGACCAGAAGGGGUGCUGUGUUUCCUGGGAUCAUGGGAUUGGCCUUUGCAUGGGGGACAGGUGGGGCUUGGAUCAGUCAGUGGUUCUGGCCUCCCUCCCUUGGUGAGGAGGCAGAAGCCCCAGGGCCUGCUCAUGUUUAUAUGUUGCACAGAAACUUGUGUGGGUGCUUUAGUAAAAAACGUUAAUGGAGA